CUCGGGCCCGGGCCCCCUAAGCUGCGGAACAUGGAUUCUCAAACAAUUGUUCCUGCCUCAAAACCUCAUCCACCAGUGGUGGGUAAAGUGACUCAUCACAGCAUUGAAUUAUACUGGGAUUUGGACAAGAAAAUCCAAAGAAAAGGACCUCAGGAACAGUGGUUAAGGUUUUCAAUAGAAGAGGAGGACCCCAAAAUGCACACUUAUGGUAUCAUUUAUACAGGCUACGCAACAAAGCACACUGUGGAAGGUCUGGAGCCCAGAACCUUGUAUAAAUUUCGAUUGAAGGUCACCAACCCCUCAGGAGAAUAUUACUAUAGUCCAGUCGUCUCAGUGUCUACUACCAGAGAGCCCAUCAGUAGUGAGCAUUUCCACCGAGCUGUUAAUGUGAAUGAUGAGGACCUGCUUGUCCGGAUACUUCAAGGAGGCCAUGUUAAGGUUGAUGUUCCCAAUAAGUUUGGCUUUACGGCCCUGAUGGUGGCUGCCCAGAAAGGUUACAUACGACUAGUGAAAAUCCUGAUUGGUAACGGGACUGAUGUCAAUAUGAAGAAUGGAAGCGGGAAGGACAGUCUGAUGCUUGCCUGUUAUGCUGGACACUUGGAUGUUGUUAAGUACCUCAGAGCACAUGGCGCCUCCUGGGAUGCUCGAGACCUGGGUGGCUGUACAGCCUUGCACUGGGCUGCUGAUGGAGGCCAUUCGAACAUCAUCGAAUGGAUGAUUAAGGAUGGUUGCCAGAUAGAUGCCUUAGACACUGGCUCAGGAUGGACACCACUGAUGAGAGUAUCUGCAGUAUCAGGAAACAAGGAAGUGGCUUCCCUCUUAAUUGAAGCUGGUGCAGAUGUGAACAUGAAAGAUAAAGAUGGGAAGACUCCCUUAAUGGUGGCUGUAUUAAAUAACCACGAAGAGCUGGUUCAAUUACUUCUUGAAAAAGGAGCAGAUCCAAGUGUCAAAAAUGAGUUUGGCAAAGGUGUCCUAGAGAUGGCCCGAGUGUUUGACAGACAGAAUGUGAUUGCUUUAUUAGAAGACCAGAAGAGAAUUCUCAGCCUGAAGAAGACCUCUUACUUGAGCUGAGCCCCAGGCUGCUUUUCUCAAGAUAUCCAUAUCAAGGAAUGGGAACCUCGAAUGUGGGGCUUUAGACAAGCCCUUUGGUUGGGAGGGAAGGUUGUGCUACCAAUAGCUUAUUUAGUUGUAGAUUCUCAGUGACUUUUUGGAACAUACAACUCUUCCCAUGUUCAAAUACAUCAUUUUACCUACAUAUGCAUGUGUCUGUGGGUGUGUGUGGGGGCAUGCGUAUGUUUUCUUGUCCUUGUCCUUUUGGAAACAGAUGUGAAACCAGAUGUUUAGGCCCAGGAGAUACAAAAACAACCAUUUAUUUGUUCCUCAGCCACUCCAGGAGCCUCUGCAAUCCUUUCCUUCAUGUGCUUUCAAUAAUGAUUGUCCCACAAUUGCAACUUCCCAGUCCAGCCGUCAGGACUGCCCUCAGUGCUCACUCUGGAGGGCU